AUGCAAAUUUCAUUGCUCGUAUUCUCAUUGGUUUUCCACUGCAGCCUUAGUGCAGUACUAGAAAAAGUGCUGAAAUCUCGGAUUCACGAUAUUCAUUGGAAUUCAAAUAAUCCAAGUUUUGAAGUGGAUCCUUAUUGGCGGCUGAGGGUUCUCUCUCGAGAUUCUCUCCGCUUUCACUGUCCCCAGGCACCGGAAGUGUUAUUGAUAUACAAAGUAAAGAAGCCAUGUUUUGAGAGUUGUUUCAUUGGUGAUGAAUCGGAAUUGAUUGUGAAUUGUUCAUCCUCAUUCGCUCAUUUUUCUCAUCUCAAAAUUCACUCGACAAAAACGGUAAAAGUGGAUUUCGAAGAAGAGGAACGAGACUCGACGCUGUACUUUUUGACCACUUCAACGGGUGAAUUCGACGGGCUUGACAACGAGAUCUUCGGGCUUUGUCAUGAAAGAAAUUUGAGAAUUUCGGUCGAAGUGCAAAGAAAAGAUCGUCUCCACAAUCGCCACCGACAUCACAGCGGAUUGCACUGGAGAGAAGAGAAUGGUGUUGGGUCGUGGAAGAAAAACGUUUUCCAUAGGAAAGCUUUGGAACCCUUUGAAAGUCGAGAAGUUGAGGAGGAGCCGAUUGAAGAUGAACGAGUGAAUAGGAUACAAAAUGUGAUGUCUGGACAAAUGCAUUUAAUGCCACCGGACGUUCGGCAGCUUCCCGAUGACUCUCUUCGGCUGCCUUCAGGC